AUCUGCAGUGAAAGACAGAGAGAGAGAGAGAGAGAGAGAAAGGGUUUAAGCUCUCCAAGAAAUGGAAGACCUCGCAUCGCAGCAAAACUCUCACAAACACCCACAACAACAUAUAUAUAGAUAGAUAGAUAUAUUAUAUAUAUGACUGAAGCAGUUUCAUCUAUUAUUCAAAGAUGACAGCUUUCAAUUCUCUCUCUAAUCUUUCUGUUUAGAAGAAGAUAGCCAAAUCCCCCCCCGGUUUCUUUGACAACCAUCUUCCUCAAAUCAGGUUAACAGUUCAAUAUCAUCUAUAAAAAUGACUUUGUCUGGAUUGGCUGGUAGCCCAUCAAGAUUCCACCUACUUGCACAAGGCCGGGGUUCUCAUUCUAAGAGUGUUUCAGCUUUUCCGGAUAAUGGAAAAUUAAGGAUGUUAACUUAUCUACAAAGAAAUAACUGGGCUGGUUCUAUUAAGAGAUGUAGCAUACGAAAAACCUGUGUGUUUAAGUGUGCAAUGGAUGCUUCCUUUGGCGAUGCCGCUAAUGACCCAACUGCUAUAUUUCCCAGAAUCAAUAUAAGGGACCCUUAUAAACGACUUGGAAUAAGUAGGGAAGCUUCUGAAGACGAAAUCCAAGCUGCUAGGAAUUUCCUAAUGCAAAGAUAUGGAGGGCACAAGCCAAGUGUUGAUGCAAUUGAAUCAGCCCAUGACAAAAUAAUCAUGCAAAAGUUUUACGAAAGGAAGAACCCAAAAAUUGACAUCAAGAAAAAGGUUAGGGUAGUAACUCAGUCCCGUGUCGUGCAGGCAGUCACAAGCAGGUUCCGAACUCCAUCUAAAAAUUUCAUUAUAAAAACAUCGGCAGCUUUCGUUGUUCUUGGAGCUCUCACUUUUCUUUUUCCAACGGAAGAAGGCCCAACUCUUCAGGUAGCCAUUUCUCUGAUGGCUACUAUAUAUUUUAUAUAUGAUCGACUAAAAAGCAAACUGCGUGCUCUACUAUACGGGGUUGGAGCUUUUAUUUUCUCGUGGCUGGUCGGAACCUUCUUGAUGGUGUCUGUGAUUCCUCCUAUAAUUAAAGGGCCAAGGAGUUUGGAAGUUGCUACUUCAUUGAUAACUUAUGUGCUUCUAUGGGUUUCUUCUACUUACUUGAAAUAGUGCCAGUUCUCUUAUAACACUUCCAUCAAUGGACAACCAAAAUUUUCCUUACUCUUUAAUCUUGAUUUAGAGAUAGAGUUGUGUUAUGUUCAGAAUUCACACAGUGUGCUUGUAGUUGUCCUCUAUUACAUUUUAUGAGCACAUUUUUGAGAUCAGGAGUUGAGCAUAAGAGGGUUUUUUUAGUUGAGUGGGUCAAGGUGUGUGCAUUGCUUGCUGAACUGGUGGGUGGACACUGGACAGAAUAGAUACAGAUACUGAGAUACUGCUCAUUCAUGAGUUUCUAAUAGUCAUAUUUCCUCCAA